AUGCGCUUGUUCUCUGCGCGACGCGAGGCGAGGCGCGAGGGAGCUCGCCUCGAGCGGCUGCAGCCUUUCUGCUCACAAAUAAGACUUCAUUUGCCUCGAAACUACUAUCUAGUCCAAAUUAUGAAACCUUGUUUCCAAAAUGUACUGUCACGCGGCGCUCAGCGCGAGCGCGACGUGACGCGUAAUGUUACUAAUUUCCUCAACAUGUCGCGAGACGCGACGGUGUACCCGCAGCUACUACACGGAGCUUUU